AACAAUCCUCAAAAACAAAAUUUAGAAUUACCACAAAGAAAUGAAUCAUCUUUUUUAGAACCAAAAACUUUUAUAUCUGAAUGUCGAAAGUAUAUUAACAUAGAGCUAGAACUAGCCGGUGUGAAUAAAAGUAAUAUUUCAAUUUCUUUUAAAGAUUCUAUUCUAAUAAUUAUGGCAAAAAAGAAUUUAUCUUAUCAAAAUUUUAAUGGGACUUUUUAUCGAAACCCUCGAUCACUUGGGACAUAUAAAAGAAUCUUAAAAAUUGGAGUAAAUGCAAUAGAUAGAAACUCUAUUAAAAGCAGUUUUAUUGACAAUGUUUUAAUUUUAAGAAUUAAUAAA